AUCCGUGGCCAAUCCUCUGCCAUUAAAGCCCCCAACUCUACCACAGAAUUCACAGCCCGGAAAUCUUCCCCACUGCACCGCCCCCAGUUCCUCCUUCACAACUUUCACACCGCCCCGCCCUGUGCCUGAGAAGCCCGGCCUCCUCCCUUACAGGCCGCCUGGCAUCCAGCCGGCCGGCCUUGUCCCGCCCCUUCUUUGUCCUCCUCUGCUUCAUUUCCUCCUGUACUCCCCCCCUCAGCCGCCUAAUAGGCCCGCUACCCACAGGGCCCACUGAACCCAAGAGCAUCUCCUAGCGAGCGGGGCGGACAUAAUCACGUGUUUACGCAAGUGCGUGUCUUCCUACCGACGCGUACCUUGCAUGCCCGUGGGCCUGAUUGGCUGCGUCGGACCGUGCUGCGUAGUGCGUGUGGCGUAGGUACUUACGUGGAUGGACGCUAACGCGUAUGCGUGCGUGGUUGCGUAUCGCUCCUAAGAGGGGCCGCGAGGGUCUUUGAAGAGGCGGAAGAGUUAUUGCCUGCGAGCUGCGGUUAGUGACUUGCUGUUCCCCGCAGCUAAAGCAGGGGCGGCACAUCCGCGAUGCGGGCCGGUCGCACUCCGCAGCAGUCUAAUCGCCUCGCGAAAGCGCCAGAGCCCCUCGUCCUCCUUCUGGAGCUGUCGCCGGACGCCGGCAGGCGGUGGACAGUCCCGGCCGCUGUGUGGGGCCUGAGUAGGCGCAGUACGCAUGCGUGCAAACUGCGACCCGCCGAGGCCUCGGGGCGCCGGCUGCUGUGCUGCUCAGCCUUGUGCUCCGCCCGCUCGCAGAGGAGGCGCCCCUGGGCUGAGCUGCCUUGGCGGUGGGUCCCGCCUGAGGGCGCCCUGGACUGCUUGCUGCUCCUCCUGACCUCUCACACCGUCUCUUGCUACGUGCGCCUGUGAUUUGAGUUUUCCGGGGAAGCCCUGUUGGGGCCCCCCCACCCGUGUUGCCUCCACUUUCCCCUUGGGCUGCAAACUCACCCCGUCCCCGAACGUGGGUUCCGCUCCGCUGAGGCAGCUCGCCCAGCGUGGCCUACCCCGAAUUAAAUCUAGGCAAGCGUAUUCGGACCUCCAAACCUUUGCCCUGUGACCACGAGAGGGGAAGUGCCUCUCCUGGAUCCUGCCUGCCAACCUAAGAAGGUGGCCUGAUUACUGGACUCAUUUCCUGCCCUGCUGGGUGUGCGUCGGGUGGCCCUUCACAGGCAGGGCACCAGGUUGCCACUGUGAUCAGCAGAGCCAAGCCCUGAGUGAGGGGCUCAGGUGAAGCUGAGAGCAGAAGAAUACUCCUCGUCGAGGCUCAAAGGUGGGACUGCUCGCUCUGAGAAGCAGGAGGAAGGUGGAAGACGGUGCCGACGGCUGAGUGUGUGCGUGAGUAUGGGAACGAGUGGGGGGCCGGCCACGCUUGUCCUGACAGGGCCUUGUCUUCUAAGGAUGGACCGUUUCCUGAAUCCUUAGCCCGUACUGGAGGUUGAGUUCUGCUACUGACAGAAGCAGCCGGGAGGCAGUACCUAAACAAGGGGACAGCUCACGGGUGGAGAGCAGAGCAGGAGAUGGGGCCCAGGGCUCACUGCUGCAGGUACAGCUGAGUAGCCUCCAGUGGGGACUGUCCUUCCUGGCACCACGCGUUCCCGUCCUCGCAGCCUCCUGGAAGCUGAGGCCGUGUGACAGCUGCAAUCGGGCUGAGGUUCUGGCUUCAAGCCCGUGGCUUUCCUGGCAGGGGACUGUCUCCUCCUACUGCGCAGCACAGUCUUCUACCAGGGGAGACCACCAUCUCCCGAGGGACACGAAGAGGGAGGGGCCUAGGCAGGGCUGUGUCACUGCAGCCCUCCAGGAGACUAACACAAGUACUGACCCUGCUGGGUCAUUUGGGGGUUAAAUUCAGUCCCCCGAAGAUAUGAGCACCGCGGGACCUGGUACAGAAGAUGCAGGAGCCGUGUGGUCAUUGCUCUUGAUCCCAGCAUCCCUUUCUCCAUGCUCAGGGCAGUGUGCGGGGAUAAUUGAGAGUGGUGCCCAGCCACCAGGGUCUGGAGGGACCCUGCUGGGCCACUGGGUGUCACAGAGUGUCUUGACAGGCCCAGGGAUCCCAAGGACAAUGAAGUUUGGCUGUCUGUCCUUCCGGCAGCCGUACGCCGGUUUUGUCUUAAACGGAGUCAAAACCCUGGAGACUCGGUGGCGGCCCUUGCUGCGCAGCCAGGAGAGCCGUACUAUCGCCAUCCACAUUGCUCACAGGGACUGGGAAGACGACAGCUGGUGGCAGCUGCUGGUGGAGAGGCUGGGGAUGAGCCCCGAACAGGUCCAGGCCUUGCUUCAGAAAGGGGAGAGGUUCGGCCGAGGCGUGAUCGCCGGGCUCGUUGACAUCGGGGAAACUUUGCAGUGCCCGGGCAACUUAGGCCCUGAGGAGGUUGUGGGGCUGGAAAAUCGAGCUGUGCUGACCAACCUGACGCAGAAGUACCUGACGGUGAUUUCCAACCCGAGGUGGUUACUGCAGCCCUUCCCGAGGAAAGGGGGGAAGGACGUAUUCCAGGUGGACAUCCCCGAGCACCUGAUCCCUUUGGGGCCUGAGUUGUGACCAUCGUGGGCUCCCCGGUGGGGCGUCACUGAGAGGCGAGCUCAAUCAUGACAUGGUUCCUUCAUCAUGGCGCAGACCUGGAAAAUGAGCUUAGACUCAUUUGCCACUGCCCUACACGGCGCUGCCCACCAAGUACUGUUCUCAGGCACAGACUUCGCUGUCCUUCUGAAGGGAGUGGGGGCAGGACUUUCCUUCAGGGUGACUCUUUGGACUCAGUGUUGCGAGUGCGUUGACCUUUAGCACCUGGAAGUAUCUUGGCGGGGCCGCUGACAUUGGGCCGCUACUUUGCAGAUUGUACAAAUAAAUGUG